AUGUCGACAAAGCAAGAGAAUGAGAGCUCUGCGAGCAACUCUCCCAAGAGCAGCACCCCAGCUCCCUCAACAACUACCAGCAACACCUCUCAGUCCAACAGCACUAGCGCCGAGGACAACCUCAUUUGCAAGUGGAACGCCUGCAACCUCAAGUUUGUUUCACCCGAGGCUCUCUACGAGCACAUUUGUGAGCGCCAUGUCGGCCGCAAGAGCACCAACAACCUCAACUUGACUUGCCAAUGGAACUCGUGCAGAACGACCACCGUUAAGCGUGACCACAUCACUUCUCACAUCCGUGUGCACGUCCCGCUCAAGCCUCACAAGUGCGAGUUCUGCGGCAAGUCAUUCAAGCGUCCCCAGGACUUAAAGAAGCACGUCAAGACCCACGCCGAUGAUUCGGUACUCGUUCGUUCCCCCCAGGACCAAGGCAUGAACGGCUACAGGGCGCAGCCCGGCAAAGCUUCUUCUAGCUACUAUGAUCAUAAUGGCCACAUUCGAACUAACUCGGCCGCCUUCGCACACCAGGCUGGGCAUGCUAGCUACUAUGCACCCCAACCAUCUACGAACUAUGGACUGUACUUCAACCAACAACCCCUGAACCCUCCCCGAUCUGAGUACAUUGGCCACCACCACGGUGGCUACGACAACCGGAAACGCGCCUUCGACAUGGUCGACGACUUCUUUGCCCACGCCAAGCGCCGCCAGGUCGACCCCACCUCUUACCAGCAAGUCGGCCGGUCCCUACUCCCCCUCCACGGCGCUCUCGGCCUGCACGCCGGACCCAUGCCUGGCUCUGAUUACAUGUCCGCUCCGCCCCAGCACCACGUCCAGCACCACGUCCAAGGUCCCCCCUCCGGCCCCGGCCCUCUCACUCAGCAGUACUACCUGCCGCCCAUGCCCAACGCCCGCACCAAGAACGACUUGGUCCAGAUCGACCAGAUCCUCGAGCAGAUGCAGAGCACCGUCUACGAGAACGCUAACCAGGCCACCCAAGGCAUCCACAUCCACGGCCAGAACACGUUCGACCUCCGCCACAGCCCCUCGCCUCCGGGCGGCCACCGCGGCUCCCACGCCGGCAUUCCCGUCUCCCACGACGCCUACCACGCCGUGUCCGCCGCUCACAUGGCCUCUCCCUUGACCGCCGUCUCCUCAACCGGAACCCCCGCCGUCACGCCUCCCUCGAGCACCAUGUCCUACACCUCUGGUCACUCGCCCAGCCCCUCUUCUUCCGGCAUGUCUCCUCAAUCGAGACAUUCCUCCACCGCCUCUUCAGUCAUGUACCCCAACCUCCCCGCUGUCAGCUCCGUCUUCCCUGGCCAGUCGACUGCGUCCACUCUCGGCCCCAGCUUCGACAGCAACGAGCGCAGACGCUACUCCGGAGGCAUGCUCCAGCGCGCCGCUCCCUCGUCGCCCAGGUCUCCCAUCUUCCUGGAGGACUCCUCCGCCGCCACCACUCCCAAGGCCGAGUCCGUGGCCUCAUCCGUUGGCUCUCCCGCUUCCGAUUCCGACAUGAGCGAGGGUGCCCGCGAGCGCGAGGAGAAGUACGACCAGUGGCUCGAGAACAUGCGCACCAUCGAGGCCCUCCGCGAGUACAUCCGCGACCGCAUCGACCGAAGAGAGUACUCUGAGGAGCCCGCCGAUCAAGAGUCCAAGUCGUCUCCCAAGGCCAGCCGCCUCAAGUCUCCCGAGCCUAUGGAGGUUGACGCGAAGCCCGCCCCGGCAGCGCCGCUCUACCCCAUCCUGCGCAUGCCCAACUGA